AUGAAAAUCUGGGCACCCUUGCUUAUUCUCGCUAGUCAAAUUUCUGCAGAGGAAAAUUCUAGUCAAGAAAAUGUCGAUGAUUCAUUCAAAGGAAUGAAAGAGUAUUUUAUUGGAUAUGGAGUGAAGAGAAAAGAGCAUAGGCAAGCUGUGGAAGUUUGGGCCAGGUCAAAGGAGAGCUCCCGAUUGGUAGAACUCGCAUUCAACAGCAUCACCUCGAAGAUUUCCGGCAGCAAAGAAAUUCUUGAAAAGUCGAAUCUAUCGGAAUUCACUGCAAAAGACUUCGACACAUCAAAACUUGGUGAUGAACGAAACUCGAUGUCGAGCAUCUUCGAAAACAUCGCUCUUCUUGGUGAUCUUGCUCGACGAGUUCCGAAGCAAAUUGACGCUCUUUGGGAAGGCUUUGAAGAUAAGGACUUGAUUCUCUGGGCAACAGAAAAGACGAAGGAAUCUUCUUUGUACAGAUUCGACAGUGAAAUGGUUGAAAAUGCGCUUCGAAACGAAACAAGCUCGAUGGUUGCCUUUCCUGUUUAUGUUCUGUCCCAAGAACUAGAGCUCUUUGGCCCUAGAGAAGAUGGAUACAUAAACUUGUAUAGAGCGAUUAGAGACCUUCCAGAAAACGAAACGCAGGCAGAGUUUUCAGAGCGCCACGCAGAAAUGCGCCGCGACAAGAAAUUAGAUGAAAUCCAACGGCGAAAAGACAAGAGAAAGAAAAACGGGCUGAAACCACCAGUUGUUCAACGAAAGACUGAGUUGUGA